AUGAAGGAAACUAGAGAAUACAGAAGAAAGGAGAAGCAAGAACUCCAGGGAAUCAGUGAACUGAAAAAUCGACCUAGAACAAUUACUCAUCUUCAUGAAUUGUUACCAGGAUUAAAUGAUAUCAGUGAUGCCUUUGAAGCAUUGCCAUUAGAUAUAAUCAAAUAUUUCACUUUAUUGAAAGAAAUAGAUGCUAAAUGUAUCAACACAGUACCUCAGAUUAACCAUAGAAUUAAAACCUAUAUUGACAAUUUGCAUGUGACGAAUAGUGAAGGUGAAGAUAAAGUGAAGGCUCUUGAAAACAAGCAAAAACGGGAAAAUCAACAAUUAAAUGUAAUCAAGAACAAGAUUAAUGAAAUAAUCCCCUGUCUUGAAGAGAAAAUGCAUGUUACUUCAGUUGCCACUGACCUAUUGAAUAAACAUAUGCGUCGAAUAAAUCAAGAUUAUAAACUUAUAAUUCAGAAUAAUGAAAUCCCGGAGAAUAUACGCAUUGGUCCUUUAGUUCAUCCAGCAAUGAUUCUCGACUCAUCGCAUCCUGCCAAAGAUAACGCCAAUGGAGAAGGUGUUGGUAGUGGUGUAGGACAUGGAUAUGGGAAUAAUUCCACCACCGCACAAGCACAACGUAGUGAGACCAGAAGGGAAGCAUUGGCGGCUAGGAAAGCCAAUAAAGACGAUGAUAGGGAUAUUGGAAGUGGGUCCAAUGCAGGGAAGAAAAAACGGAGCAAAGAGCAGACCCCACUGGAUAGCGGGAAGAAUAAUGGAGGGAACAAUAAUGCUAACAGAGACAACAACAACAAUAGCAACAAUAAUGAUGGGUCCAAAAAGAGAAGAAACGACGAUCGAAGUUCAUCUUCGUUGAAAAAGAAGAAGAAAGCGACCGAGGAUGAUGAUAUGGAUGAUAAAAACGACAAAAUUGACUCUAAGAAAUCGCUUUCGUCUAAUAUUGAUAAACCGAAGGCAUCGGGAACUGGUGGUGGUAGCUCCAGUGGAUCGCAUGAACCUACUUAUUGUUAUUGUAAUCAAGUCUCAUUUGGUGAAAUGGUUGGGUGUGAUGGUGAUGAUUGCAAACGAGAGUGGUUUCAUUUGCCUUGUAUUGGUUUCAAGAAUCCACCAAAGGGGAAAUGGUAUUGUGACGAUUGUCUCAAGAAAAUGAAGGUGAAGAAUAUUUGA